AUUCCUGCCCAUUGUGACGUGGUCAGUCCAAAUCAAGUGUCGAUAACCCCCACCCCACCCCAUUUAUCCACCACCAAACUCAGUCACAACUUUUACUUUGUUGAAUAAACAAAGUAGUAAACAAGAAACAUCGAUCACCACCACCACCAACUACUACUCAAAUCAAUAUCUUGUGUAGAAACACGGUGGUUAACUAAUUGACUUCUCAAUUACCUUCUUGUUGAAACAACACCCAUUUCUUUAUGUUUAAUCGGUUGUUAACCUCUCAUUUUCUUAUCUCCAUAGGGCUCCAUUCGAAGCAACAAUCUCUAUCUUCACCAUCCUUAUAUCUAUAAUCUAUGAUUUUGUUCUACGCCUGCUUCACUGGAUCUUGAUUUCCUUCUCUCGGUGAUCUCGGAGUAAUUGGGGUUUAUGGGGUUGAAGGUGAAGAAGCAAUUUAGGGUUUUGUUCGUGGUGUUGUGGUUUGUUUUGCAGGCGGCUGAUGGAUUGAGGCCUCUGAGGGAGAGACCUCGUUCAUGGGGCGAUGAGUGGCUUGUUGCAAGGAAAGACGAGAAUGAAUUGGGUCCAUCCUCUGCAUGGAAUAUAACCGGGACAUACAGAGGGGCUUGGAGGUUCCUCCAGUCAUCUAAUACCUCUAGCAGAUUCCCAGAUUUUAUGAAAUCAAGUGGGAGUUCUGUUUUGGAAUUGGUCACUAGGCCAACUAAAAUAAAUGGCGUACAUUAUGUUCAGGGUGUAAUGAUUUUCCAUGAUGUGUUUGAUAAUGAGCCUGAAGCUGGCCGUGUCCAAAUAAGGGUAGAAGGAGUAUACAUAUGGCCGUUCAGACAACUUCGAAUGGUCGUCAACAGCGGAAGAGAUGGAGAGUUUGGUCAAGAAGAGGAUUAUAUACUAUCCAAUCCAUACCACCUGCUUGGAGUUUUCUCAUCACAAGUCUUCCAGGAGUCCCCACAAGAUAAAAUCAGGAAGCGCACACAAUCCCCAAUUAGUGACAUGGACAAACACUGUAAUGUUGAAAUCUCUGCCCAAAUUUCUCGUGUCUCAUCUACCCAAAGUGAUGGAGAACAUGAUCGUUAUUACAUGGAAGGCUUAAUGGAGAGCCCUUCUGCUGAUGAUGAUGGAGAUUGCUUCUCCCCAAUGCUGAUGAAUGCCACUUCAGUUAACAUAGAGGUUUACUACAACAAAGCAGUCAAUUAUACAUUAAUGGUUACCUUUAUUUCUUUCCUCCAGGUUCUUCUGUUAAUUCGGCAAAUGGAGCAUAGUAAUACACAAUCUGGGGCUGCGAAAGUAUCAAUUCUGAUGAUUGGACAACAGGCUAUCAUGGAUGCGUAUCUUUGCCUUAUACAUUUGACUGCGGGGAUAUUAGUUGAAUCACUGUUUAAUGCUUUUGCUACUGCGGCAUUUUUUAAGUUUGUGGUGUUCUCAAUCUUUGAGAUGAGGUAUCUUCUUGCUAUAUGGAAAGCCAAUCGGUCAAUUACUAAUGGAGAGGGUUGGGAAGCAAUGAGACGUGAACUUUCACUUCUUUACAGUCGAUUCUAUGGAAUCCUUUUAGGUGGUAUUCUGGUGAUGUAUGAGUUCCACAGAUAUUUGCGGGGUAUCCUUGUUGUUUUGCAUUUGUUUUGGGUCCCACAAAUCGUGAGUAACAUUAUUGGUGAUUCAAGAAAACCAUUGCAUCCCCAUUAUAUAAUAGGGAUGUCCCUGACUCGGCUUGCAAUUCCUUUCUAUCUGUUUGGGUGUCCUCAUAACUUCAUGCGAAUCCAACCUGAUCACAAGUGGUGUGUUACUUUGGGUCUUCUUGUUGCUUUCCAGGCUGCACUUCUCAUUUUACAACACUAUCUUGGAUCUCGUUGUUUUAUUCCUCGCCAGAUUUUGCCUGAAAAAUAUUGUUAUUUUAGAAGGGUUGAUCAUGAUUCAAAUAACAUAACCGAUUGCGUCAUUUGCAUGACUACUAUUGAUCUCACUCAACGCCCUGACGAUUGCAUGGUUACUCCAUGUGAUCAUUUUUUCCACUCUGGUUGUUUACAAAGAUGGAUGGAUAUAAAGAUGGAGUGCCCAACUUGUCGGCGUUCGCUUCCACCAGCUUAAAAGUGGAUUAUACGGAGCUGAACCACUUGACAUGACCAACCUGUUCAUUGUGAUAUCAUGAUUUGCAGGGAUACCCAAAAGUUGACUUAUGUAGAGCUUAUAUCAGGAAACUGCAUAAACUGUAUAUUGUACAUUAUGUAAACAUUUAUUCGAGCGCUGGGACCAAUCGAUUCCUCUUCAACAUUAGAUCAUCUAUAUUGACUUAGGAGAAACCACAUUUUGAGCUACUGAUAGUGCAGCCCAUUUGGUAUAAUAAUGUAUGUAUAUAGAAUUUUAUGCAGUUGGUGAAUUUUAACAUGACCUUAACCGCAAUUUCCAUCUUUUUAUUUAUUGUCAGUUGAAUCUGUGGUUCAA